AUGGAUUUUUCAAUAUCACAUGAACCAAACAAUGAGAAGAAGAAGAAGCAAAUAGCAAUAAUCGGAGCCGGCAUAAGCGGAAUCCUCGCAUGCAAACACGUCAUCGAAAAGGGUUUCGAUCCUCUACUUUUCGAGUCCCGAAACGGGAUUGGUGGAGUUUGGUCAACAAACACCAUUGACUCAACCAAGCUCCAAAGUCCCAAAGAUUACUUCCAAUUCUCCGAUUUCCCAUGGCCCGAUUCCGUCACCGAAACGUUCCCCGAUCAUAACCAAGUAGUGAACUACAUCACUUCUUACGCUCUUCAUUUCGAUAUUUUUUCGAGAAUCAAAUUCAAUAAUAAAGUUAUUGGAAUUGAGUACUGUAAUUCAUCGAUUAUCGAUGAAGACGAUAUGUCUAAUUGGGAUAAAUGGGGUGGCACCGGUGAAGCGUUUUCGACUAAUGGAAAAUGGAAUAUUCUUGUUCAAAAUAUCUUGAAUCCUAUGGAUGCUCCUAAGGUACCUACAUUCAAUAUUUUUUUUAAUUAAUUACUUAAUUUUUUGUAUUUAUAAUUAGUAUUAAUUAUACCUUGUUUGUGAUAUGAUGAUUUGUUUUUUUUUAGGUGUAUGAAGUGGAUUUUGUGAUAUUAUGCAUAGGGAAGUUUAGUGAUUUGCCAAACAUGCCUUAUUUUCCAUUAAAUAA